AUGGAACUUCAACAAAGUUUUUCUGAUUAUUACGGCUCUAUUGAGCCUAUUAAUAAAACAGAGAACGAAACCAUAUCAGAACAUAAAGGAAAUUAUUACAUUCAUCAUGCAAUAUUUUCAUUUCAUUAUAAUAAAACAGCAAUUUCCAUUACUUCGAAUCCAUACGGCAAAGUAUUACUCGAAACAUGCACAUUUUACAAUAAUAGUUCCACAGAAGAUGGUGGAUCAUUCUAUAUCCUUCAUCCUGAUUGUGUCUUAGUUCAUAUUUGUUUAUUACUUUCAAAAGGUAAAAAAACUGGAUGCGGAUAUUACAUUUGGUCAGUUCAAACCACUUACAAGAAAAGUUAUGCUUUUGAAUGUUCAUUUACAGAAUGCAGUGGAUACAGAGGUUCUUUUUAUCAUUACUAUGGAGAUAUCCAAGUAAGUAAUAUUAAUACAUCUUUUCACAAAAUUACUUGUUAUGCUGCAUAUGCCAUUUCAGAUCCAACAGGAACAGGAAUUAUUAAAUUCACAACAGCAUCAAAUACAUCAUCUACACAUUAUGCUGUAACGUUCAAUAAUAAAUGUAAUGUAACAAAAUGUAAUUAUUUAAACAAUGAUUAUACAGGAAGUGAUAAUGGAAUAAUUUAUAGUUAUAGAAAUUCAACUAAUUUUUCAAGUUGUUCAUUCAUAGGAAAUAAAGGAAACUAUUUAUUUGAUGUAAAACCAAAUAUUGUUGAUAAUUGUUACUUUAAUGAAAACAAUGUAACUCAAACUGUAAGAAAUGAUCCAAUUAGUUAUGAUUCAAAUGAUUCAUUAGAUUCAUUUAUAUCUCAUUAUUCAACAGAACAAUGUCCUACUACUAAUUUAGAAAAAAAUAAAAAAGAUUCAAAUCUAAAAUUUAAAAAAGGCAAAUUAAAAAUCAAAGACAUCAAAAAUAUUGUUAACAAAUCUUUUAAAACUUCAUUUAUUGUAGCAGUAAAUAUGUCUAUUAAAAAAUCAUAA